AGAUCAUGAAGAAAAGUUUCCAACUUUAGGAGGUCUUCUUCGGCCAGCGAUAGUUAGGGUUUCGAGAGUGCUAUAAAGGUCACAGCAUUUUUUUUUUGGUCAAAAUAAAGGUCCCAGCUUUGACGGCACUUCCAUUCCAAAGGUCCAGGAGCAGGGUUCGCCGUUGGCGUGGGAUCCGAGAGCUAGCGGCGCGAGAGAGAUGGGGCAUUCUAAUGUCUGGAAUUCCCAUCCCAAGAACUACGGCCCUGGAUCUCGAGCUUGCCGGGUUUGUGGGAACCCUCAUGGACUGAUCCGAAAAUAUGGAUUGAUGUGCUGCAGACAGUGCUUCCGCAGCAAUGCCAAAGAAAUUGGCUUUAUUAAGUAUCGCUGAAUAUGUUACUUUCCUUUGAGGACCGGAUUUAUGAAGCUGUCACAGUUCCAAAGAAAAUCUUUAUUGCUAUAAGUUAUCAAUGUUAUCUGCUUAUGUGUUCACCUGGUAAACUUCAUGGUUUGGCAAAUUAUGUAACGAACUGAAUUAUGAAAAAAUUGGCAAUUGAUAUUGUUCUUCCUUAGAACUUUUA